AUACGGCCCGGUGAUAGCACGUUUAAGUUGAAGAGUAGACAAGUUACGCGACAAUGAUUACUCACGUUUUAGAUGGAACUAAGAUGGAAACGCUUUUCACUUCGUUUGUUUUAGAAUCUGAUUUACGGCAAGAUGUCAAAGAGAAGCUCCAAAUAUUUUUGGAAAAGCUCACAGAGUGUGCAAGGAGCACAACAAAACGGGUUAAAGAGCGCUCCCUAGAGGAGGCAUUACAGAUGCUGAGGAAAAUCGCACCGCCGCUGCUGAAGUCGCUGAGGUCCGAAAAUCACAGGCGUCUCAUUCGGCUCCUUCUGUCAUCGCAGCUGGAUGCGGUGAACACAUCCUCAUCAGCCUGCCGCAAACUAGACCAGAUGUUGCAACACCUGGCUCAAACCAACAAGUCUUUAGUAUUUGAAGAGGUCCAACAAUGUCUUCACAGUCUACUCCACCAGGAGCAGGUGUUGUCAUUAAAUGACCUUCAAAUAGUGUGUAUGUUCCUGGAGGAGAGCACGAUGGGCCGAGAAGGUUUAAGACUAAUGUUUUCGUCUCUGCUGUGUAAAAUCACCAUAACGUUACCCGACAUUAUGAAAGAAGAAGCAAGAGACGGUGCUAUGUGUUAUCAGGCAGUCAAGGUGUGUCUGCAAGUGUUCCAGCUGCUUCCCGAGCAAGUGGUGCCUCUGGUCUUUUCGGAUCAGAAAGACAACCUUCAUAUGAGGGAGAUUCUGGGAUUCCUUAUGAAUAUUAUCUUAGGAGAGGUCUGUAAUAGGGACACACGGUUGUUAGCAGGGACUGCUGUGGCCAUGCUGAUCUCUGUAGCACCUGACACUAAGAGUGGAACUACAUCAGCCUCCAGUUUACUCCAGGUGACCUGCACAGAGCAGUGUAGGUUAACAGUAGGCCAGUUACAGGUAGACUGUUUUCCCAGAGGAUAUGAUGGAGUUGACAGACUCAGUGUAUCCAGAGGACUCCUGACCUGCUUGAGGAAGGACAUCCUCGUUGAACAGAGUACAGGUCAACAGACCUGCCUCCUCCUAGAUGGGUUAUUUCCUCUUGUCUCAGAUUUGCUCCGAGAGAAACGGGACUGUCACUACUAUGUGUUUCAAGUGUUUAUCUUGUGGCUGAAACGUGUGAAAGAAAGCCUGCCCGAGAUCAGGGAGCUCUCCGGUGGUCUUUUUCUUGGAGAACAUUCAACCCUAAGAGUCAAACUAACACAAAUCAUUUGGGACAAUGCAGAGAGCCCGAUAGAGGGUGUGUCUGAAUCAGUACGCACUGCAUUCAGUUUGUUCCUGGAGAUUUACGAGCUGGACUGUCGGCUUUCUGGAGAAGCUGAGAAACGCCUUUAUGUGAACUUACUGCACAGGGUUGCGGAGCUGCCGUGGGAUUCCAGGGCCAAGUACUCGCCUCUCAGAGCCCUCCUGCCGUACAUGGGUACAGACAAGGUCCUGGAACAGUAUCCUGCUCUUCCUUCUCAUAUCUAUAAGUGCCUUUCCACCAAUCACCUUGCACCUUGUGCCUCUGAGAUCUACAAGUUGCUGCUUCAGGAGCAAAGACGGGAACUUAACGCUAAUGCGGUGAAGGAAGCUCCACCCACUGAGCUACACCUGGCCUCUCAUUGGGUCCAGCGAUGGCAAGCAACAAUCCUGAUAGCUCUGACCUCUGAUGUCACUCUAAUUCAGAGAAACGCCUCUAGCUACCUCCUGCCCUGCACCCUAUGCAGUUUCCCAGGAGCGUUUGACACAAUGCUAGCUGCUCUAGACCCUGUUGCCCCAGGGCACCUACGAGCAUGGGUUUGUAUCAUGAGCGCCCAACGAACAGUCAACGGGCGUCUAUCUUGGAAUUCAGAGAGCAACUUGGAAACCCUCCAGCUAGCCUUGUCGUCUCUGGAUGCCAGCGUGCGCAUAGCGGCAUUCAGUCUUCUCUGCUGCAGCCCCAAGACUAAAGAGCCUCCAUCAGCCGUGGAAUAUGCAGCAGUGAGAGAUUUUCUUCCUUUGAAUCUGAACAGUGAGUCGUCUCCGUUUCGUCAGCACCUACAGGCUGCGGUCAGGAAAUUCCUUGUGCGUAUUCGGGACAGUUGUAUGGCAAGCCUUAAAGGUCAAAAAAGCAAAAUAGGUCUGAGCAAGGAAGAAGAGAAGGAGCUUGAACAAGGCGUUGAUUUUAUUGACUGGCUGGCACAGUUGCCGUUGGCCUCCCUGGCUCCUGGAAACAGCUUCCAGAGGAAGAAGACAGCUCUUCUGCUGCUAGCUGCGAUUCUGGAAACCUGCUCAGACUCCUGGAGUCCAGACAGGAAGAAGGGUCAACCACCAGCAAACAUGUCUGAGCUGAUAAACUGCGCAAGAGAAAGAAGAAAGUGGGAUUUUUACUGUCGGUCAAGACAGUUGGUCCUGAUUGGCUGUUUGGAGGAUGCGACCAAUGAGAUCCGUGAGCAUGCAGCUGAGCUGCUGGUGAGAUUUUUCCCGCCGUGUCUCGAGUCCGAUGUCUCCACUGCGCUGUUUAGCCGAGCACAGAGACGUCUGCACAGCCCACGUGUUCAGGAGGCCCAGAUGGGGGCUCUGAUGUUCAAACUUCUACUACAGAAGCGUGUGUCUCUGGAUGGUGUGGUGCCAGAGGCUCUGAAGCACGAUGACAUGCAGUCAGUCAGGCUGAUCAGACACCUUCUGCAGAGUCUGGAGAAGCAGCACCUGACCACCAGACAGGACAUGUUACUCGCCGCUCGCUGCUCACCUCUACAUGGUGCAGUCAGCGCUGUUCACAAGUGUAUCCUGGAUGUGCCUGGGGUUUUGGCUGAAGCUUUAGAUGGUCGUAUGAUAGCAGAAAUGCUCUCGCUGCUGGAAAAGAUCACCCUGCUGCUGCUCGGUGUGUUAUACGGAGAUCAGAACAUGGAGGACAAAGAAGUCCCGCCUUCAUUCUGCGACAUGGGAAACGCCAUCAGCUCUCUGAUCGGACGCAGUGGAGCGGAAGUGGAUGACGACGGAGAAGAUAACGUGCUGCUAUCAGAAGAGCACAGUCUGGUGCUGACCUGCUGCUGGGUUACACUAAAGGAGAUAGGGAUUUUUCUUGGCUCGCUGGUUGAGAGGAUUCAAUCACUCCCUCAUAAGGACAAAACCCUGCUAACUAUAGAAGAUCUACAGAAGGCUUCGAACGUAUUUAAGGACAUUAUUCUUAAAUGUCGGCACUGGGGGGCAGUGGAAGGCUGCUGCAUUGGAUUCACUAAAUUCUGCACUGCGCUUCUUACCAGCUCUGACCCAAAGCUCAGAGAAAUCCCAAACCACAUUCUACAGCAGGGUCUGUGUGUCCUUCAGGCUCCCCGGGGCACGUCGGUGACUAGGCGGGCAGCAGGUCUGCCGAUGCUUAUUCUUGGUGUGUUAGCAGCAGAGGAGAGCAGCACCUCUCACCCACUGCUGGCCCAAACCAUCAGCACACUGCUGGAGAUAGCUGGAGCUCCACUGCCCCAGAACUGGGACCAGACCCUUGAUCUGCCCCAGGUUUGUGCCGUUCACACAAUUCAGGCACUUGUGAAAGGCUCCAGUCUGGGGUUGACCAUUCUUCAGUAUGCCCCUGAGAUCACCAUGCUGUCACUCACACUCCUCAGCUCUCCUUGUUGGGCCAUGAGGAAUGCUGCAUUACAGCUUUACAGUUCUCUCUGCUCCAGGAUGUUGGGUCAGAGGCCUGCUGGUGAAGAUGUCUCUGCCCAAUAUGGCAUGUCCUCCCCUGCCUUUUUUAAGCAUUAUCCUGCAUUAAAGCCCUUCCUCCAGGAGGCUUUAGAAAAAGCAGCCACAGACCUUCAUGAAGGCAGACUGAGCCUUCACCCCUCUCUGUACCCAGUCCUGACCCUGCUGGCCAAACUACAGCCUGGAGCUCAGGAGCAAACUCAAGCUCUGUCAGACUUCCUGCCUCCGCUGCUCCAGCUUGCUGCUAGCCCGGUAUAUGGUGUGAGAGCGAUGUCGGCCCAAGCCCUGGUCGCUAUGAUACCACCUACAGAGUGUGUGGCGAGCGUACUGAGAGUGGUGGAGGAGCUGCCAGAGAAGUCGAGUAGCCAAAGCUGUCACAACCGCAUGCAUGGCCAACUCCUACAGAUUAAGGCCAUCCUGAACAGAGUCCUUCAUGCUGACAACCCUCACCCAUCCUCUCUAUGUGACGUGGUGGAGGCCAUGGAGGUCCGAAUUUGGCUGGCAUCCCAUGAGCAGAGGUGCCCUUUGGUACGCCAGGCAUACGUGACGGUACUGGGCCUGCUGAGAGAGAACUGCUCGAAGGCUUUCCUCAUGAACAUCGGCUCUCUGCUGUUGAAGGAACUUCACAGGACUCCACACACUUUAGAACUUGGCUCCGCCUCCUUCCACCAAAUUGCUGUGCAUUACCUGUGUGACGACCCUGACUGGGUGUGGAAGGUUUGGCCUGUCCUAGUCAGUGGGAGUGCAGUUACUCGUCUCGCUUUGGUCAUGUGGGUAAAAGAAAGGCGUGCCUGGAGAGGAAGCUGCCUACAGCAUGAGCUGGUGAAGCUUCUCCAGUUAUGGGUCUGUGGCAUGAUUUUGGCAAAGCCUCAACUCACUUGGCAUUUGGCCAGUCUGACACAGGCACUCAUGGAUAAAGAUAUUGAGUACAAGGGAGCAUACUUAUCAGCGUUGGUGGAAGUCAUGACCCCAGACGUGUUGAGCGUAACAAUGUCUCAGCCUCUCGUAUUCAAGCUUGAAGAAAAAGUGCUGCAUCAGUGUGUGCAACUCCUCUUGGAGGAUUUAGAAGGAAGCCGAGGAGGACCAGAGCUCCUGUCUCAGACCCUGUGUGUUCUGUCUCUGCUACUUUCUCCAAGCACAGACAUGGCUAUACUGCAACGUUGGUGUGUGUUAUUAGAAAUACACAGAUGUGCUGAAGCUCCAGAAGCUCUGCGAUUAGCCUGUGCUCAGUCUCUGCAACUGACCGGAGCUGCUUUAGUGACCAGCAGCCUGAUGAGCAGCACUGCUCUGAAAGCCCUCAGCACCAGGCUGAUUAGUAUAGGUGUGCACUUACUGCAGGAUCAGAGUCAGCAAGUCAGAACCCAGACAGCUGUCUUUGCUUCUGUUAUCUGCAAUUCUCAUCCAGUCUCCUGCAACCAAUCACUGCAUAUGUUGCUGGACCUGCUGCUGAAGGAAUUCUGGGAUAGCGAGGGCACUUUGGAAGCUUUGGUGUGUCACUUGCCAAAUUGGGAUCUCAAAAGUGUACUUCAGGAGGCAAAGCUCACACAAAGCAGCAGUCUGUACGAGCAGGAUGAUGCAAACAUGUAUUUGGAGGCUUCUGUGAUUUCUGAGAACGUGCUGCCAUAUUUGCUUUGCCUGGCAAAACGAUACCCAGAAUCCUCUGUUCUCGCCAAGCUCCUGGAUCAGUGGGCACAAGAAAAUACAGACUCUGUCUAUGAGAACCUCAGGAUCUGUUCCAAGCUUCUUUUAGGUGACUCUCUGGAUGCUGAAUGGCUGAGUGUUCUGAUGGAGCCACGUUUCCAUGGCACCCUUUGUGGGCUGUAUACCAAGGCUGCCUUUCUGCUGCAGUUACAAAGCUUUUCCAAAAAAACUCUACCCCUGAGUGACCCUUCAGUCUUAGUGAAGGACCUGCUGGAUUUACACACAUUUCUUAGCCUGCGUGGAGUUUAUAUCCCAGUGUGUUUUAUUAAUGCAGUCAGAACAGAAUGAGUAUAAACUGAUGCAAGGGGUUUUGGGAUUGUUGGAUGGGAUUGUUUGAGGCGUACGCUGAGGUUUAAUAGUGAUUUAUGACGUUACACCAUUAGCUACCUCUAUUGAAGAUAAAGUAGAGGAACAGCAUUCGUCGAUUCAUGAUUGAAUGUUGUUGUGGUUCUUAAUGUCGGAAACAUUGCUCCACUUCCUUCAGAUGGAGUUGUGUGCGAAGGAGUUGGAAGAUUUGAAAGCUUUAUUGAAGUGGGAGCCGGAAAACUUUACAGUGGAUGAAGGCCACGAUUUUUUUCUCCCCGUUUAAUUUAAUAGUCACGAUUUUACAUUUUAAAACACCCAGUUAAACUACAUUAUAGUGUGUAUAUAUUUGUUUGUUUGUAAUACACACUGUGAGAAAGCACCAGAGACUGAAAAAUUACUAAUAGCUUAAAGCGUCAGUGUGUAAUGUUUUAAAAAAAAUCUAUAAUUAGAGAGAUCUUAAGACUGUGAUCUGAAUGAGGCUAGUUUCUUUGUUUCAGACCCAGAAGUGAGCUCCAUCCCCCAGCUGAUUCAGAGCGUCUCAGCAGCGCCCCGUUUCACAAAAAGUCAGCUCAUGCUCAAGUAACGUUAUCAUUGAAUUUGCACUUCUCCCAGCAGGCAGCUGUGGCGUCUACAAUAUCAAAAUCAUUAAAGGGGCAUUUUGUACAAUCACAUGCAUAAACACCAUGUAGUCUGACCAUAACCAGGAAUAUUUUAUACACAAUUUAUAACAUGAUAGUAUCUGAUUUUAUUGCUAUGUGAAAUAAUUUGGUGAUUUUAAAUUUAGAUUUUUUGUUUUACUUGUAUAUUAAAAACUGCUGAUUUGUACAUUUGUCCCAUCUCUGACUGUAAAACUGGAAUGGAGUUUACUUACAUGAUACAAUGAGUGUAUAAAACAAUGGGGAGUAAAUCACAUGGAUAUGUUGAAAGACAUCAGAGCUAUUUGAUUUGUGCUCUGAAUAGCAUUAUGAUACAUGGUGGAUUAUAAACAAUACCAUGCCAUGGCUUCAGAGUGCUGUUUCCCCAGAACUGGUUUCAACUGCCUUUAUUCCAACCCACAGUAUCUCCACUGGUCCACAUUAUAAACCGCAUUCACGUCCCAUUUUCUUCUCUCUCUCUUCCCUGUUUGUCGUAUAUUCUCCCUCUUUACUUCCCUUCACAUAUCUCAUUCCACUGAAUUAGCCGUGUCUGGUCUGGUUGCCUCAGCAGUAGAUGGAGUGCUUGUAUCAGGCCGUGAUGUAAUCUUUGUGGCAGCAGCUGUGAUGGAGUUGGCUAAGGGUGAAACAGCAAUGGAGUAUUGCUUGCUUUAAGCCUCAUUACAGGCCAAUCUUUCAGAUGAAGAGUUCACUUUGUGUCAACAGCAUGAUUAAUUUUUUUUUUUUUUUAGAAUCCUUCCCAAUGACUACGUAGCACCUGUUUUUUUUUUUUUUCUGUUUGAAUGUUUUCUGUGCCAAAAGUGGAAUCAGCUGCCUUUUCAUACAGAAUCAGACCUUUUUCUCUGCAGAAAUUAUUUGUAGUUUGAAACAAUCGCUUGCUGUUAAGACACAAAAAUAAUGAAUGGUAGUUUAAAAGUAUGGGUAGAAAAUGGGUUGUUUUCCAUCAGGGAUGA